AUGGCACGGGGGUUGGUUGCUCAACCGAGUGGCAUGCAGAAGGAGAGCAGCCAGUCGAACAUAUGGAAGCAUGUGAGGGCAUCCCAAAACCAGCAUCUAGUCCAGCUGCUCGAGGCAAGUUUGCAAAAGGAAGACCGGCGACUGGCGCGGUUGGUGGCGGCCACGGGCAACGCAAAAGCAAAGCGGCGCCUGGAAAUGCACUUCAACGUCGAGCGGGAUCGGGAGCGGAAGCUGUUUGAGCUCGUCAAGCAAGACCACGAUGUGACACUGCGGUCGAAAAUGAAAGCUGCUAGGGUCCAGAAAACACUCUCGACCAUCUCCACCACCAAUAAACAACAACAACCAACAGACGCGUCCCGACGACCACCCCCAAAGCCACCGAAACUGCGCCACGCAUCGUCCUCUUCGGAUGCGUCGACCAAGAAGCAUCCGUGUCACCAGUCUUCACAAGUCGUCCAAAUACGUGCAAACGCGAUUCCGUCUCGAUUGAGGCCAUUGACGACUAGCUCGGCAAACAAUGUGGCUCGAGAGAGGUUGACCCCAGUGCAAGUCGACGCUUUUCGCAUGUAUGUCACGCAAAAGCUGGAAAAUGCACCAACGACCAAGCUACGGGAUAGGAGAAGCAGCGCGUGGCUCACUGCCGACAAUGUGCAUGAAGUAUGUGACGACGUACACAUCGUUCGUCGACUUGUCACAUGUGUGAAUCGUGACUUCUACUACUAGCACACGACACGCAUGUCGUCGACGUUGUUGGUGCAAAAGUGCCACCUCCUCAAACAACUGCAUGACAUCGUCACCAAACAGCAGAGGAUACUGCUCCAAGACGAUCAAUGCACUGUGCGGUCGGCCGUGUCGAGCUACAAGUCGACGACUCCCACCACCAACACGAUGCAUGACUACCUCUACGUUCCAUUUGCCUCGAUUCCGUAGACUCGAAUGAAAUGCAAGUCGACGCCGUGUUCAUUCGUCGUCUCGAUGCAACAUGUGCUUUCGUGAAGAUAAUAAUGGAUGCAUGCCCAAUGCAACAAAGAACCAG